CGGAAAUAGAAAGUGGACAGCCCAAUUAUACAAUUACCACUUCUAUGAAGCCCAAUAAUGUGUUCCCAAUUUCCUCAUCUGAACUUGGACAGUCGGACAAAGGCCGUUCAGAGAGUGCUGUUUUCCGAUGGCUCCAAAAUCGAAAUCGAAGCCGGCGGCGGCGGCGGCAACGCCUGCCGUCUCCGUGGAGGAUCUGUUCACUUCACUGGAUCGGCAUAUCAAAGGAUCUGAAUACCGGCAAAUCGUCAAAGUUGCCGAUCAAAUCCUGGCUGUUGCGCCUGGGGACGAGGAUGCGGUGCGGUGUAAAAUAGUGGCAUUGAUCAUUGAUGAUAAGGUAGAUGAAGCUCUUGCAAGUAUCCACGAUAUCUCCAAGAAGACAUCUAUAGAUUUCACCUUCUUCAAGGCAUAUUGCUUGUAUCGACAAAACAAGCUCGAUGAAGCUUUGAAGACUUUGAAAGAGAAAGAGGAAAACUCUGCAAAAGUGCUUUUGGAAUCUCAGAUUUUAUACAGGUUGGGAAGAGCAGAUGAGUGUAUUGAUAUUUAUCAUAAACUCCAGCAGUCCAAGAUAGACAAACAAGAGACAAAUAUGGUUGCUUGCUUGGUUUCUGCUGGAAGGGCACCUGAAGUGCAGGGAUAUUUAAGCUCUGUUAGGGUUAAACCAACUAGCACAUAUGAGUUGGCAUUUAACACUGCCUGCUCAUUAAUUCAAAACCAGAAAUACAACGAUGCUGAACAAUUGCUACUGUCAGCACGAAGAAUUGGUCAGGAAGAACUCAUGGAAGAUAAUCUAGGUGAUGACAAGAUUGAAAUAGAAUUGGCACCUAUAGCUGUUCAAUUGGCAUUUGUUCAGCAGAUUCUUGGAAAAGAAGAAGCGAGAGAAUCCUAUACUGAUUUUAUCAGAAGAAGAUUGGCAGAUGAGUCCUCACUUGCAGAUGCAGUACGCGAGUCUUCGCUUGCAAUAGCAAUAAAUAACCUUAUUGCUUUGAGGGGCCAUAAAGAUGUUUCAGAUAGUCUGAGGAAGCUUGAUAUACUAGUAGAGAAAAGUGAUGGGCCAUCGAGGUUCAAGCUUGCACACGGACUUGAAUUGAAGCUCUCGACAAAGCAAAGGGAAACAGUGUUUACCAAUUGGGUUCUAUUGCUACUUCAUUCUAAUAAAAUGGACAAGGCUAGAGAACUAGUAGCUGCACUGCCCGGAAUAUUUCCCGACAGCGCGGUGCCCGUGCUUCUUCAAGCCGCUUUACAUGUUAGGGAAAACAAAGCGGUCAAAGCCGAAGAAGUAUUAGGGCAGUUCGCAGACAAGUUUCCAGAGAAGUCAAAGAUUGUCUUGCUAGCAAGGGCACAGGUUGCUGCAUCUGCAGGCCAUCCACAGGUUGCCGCCGACUCCCUCAGCAGAAUACACGACAUCCAACACAAGCCAGCGACGGUCGCCACACUUGUUUCUCUCAAGGAGAAGGCUGGGGACAUUAACGGAGCUAAUUCAGUCUUUAAUGCCGCUAUCGAGUGGUGGUCAAACUCCAUGAGCGAAGAAGUUGAUAAUAACCUCAACAUCAUCAUGCAAGAGGCUGCUGCAUUCAAACUCCGGCAUGGGCGGAAGGAAGAGGCUGCACAGCUGUAUGAGGACCUUGUCAAUCGCCAAGGAGGUAUGGAGGCUUUGGUUGGGUUGGUCCAAACAACUGCCCAAUCGGACAUUGAAAAGGCGGAAGCUUACGAGAAGAAGCUGAAACCGCUUCCAGAUUUACAUGCGGUUGAUAUCGAUGCACUGGAGAAAACAUCAGGUGCCAAGAACAUUGAGGGAGGGCCCACACGUGGGGUCCCCGAAGCGUACGAGGCAAAGAGCAAGGAGAGAGCAAAGAAGAAGAGGAAGAGAAAACCUAGAUACCCUAAAGGGUUUGAUCCUGCAAAUCCGGGCCCACCCCCGGAUCCAGAACGGUGGCUCCCGAAGAGAGAGAGGUCCAGUUACAGACCGAAGAGAAAGGACAAAAGGGCAGUGCAAGUAAGAGGGUCACAAGGCGCGGUGGCGAAAGAAACUUCCAGCGGUAGCACUUCAAAACCAAACCAAACUGGACAUUCCAAAGCAGCAUCGCAAAAUGUUGAGCAACCAAAGCCUUCAAGGGGAUCUAAGAAGAAAUCAAGGAGGUGAACAAAACUUGGAACACGUUUACGCUGAAGGUUAGUGAUUUGUUUAGAGCACACUCCAUUGCCAUUUUUUUUAUAUUUAAGUUGGACACUUUGAAUUGGGACUCUCAAUUUUUAUUCUAAGCUGGCAUGGAGUCUACCUGCAAGAGUUUUCAUUUAUUUACUUGGUACUAUUUUUUUUAAACCUGAAACAACUAAAAUAUGGUACUCUCAUAGUGACCUUUCAAAGGAAAUAGCCCUAGACAUUCUAUUUUGUUAAUUAUGUUUUUGAUCCAUGUAAAAUUAGUGAGUUUUGCUUUUGGUCCCUCUAAUUUUUUUAAUUAAAAAUUUUACAGGGAC